CUCUCCCCAGUGUGGAUGUGCCAGUGGGUGAUGAGGGUGGAGUUUGCUUGAGGCCCUUCCCGUAGUCGGGGCAGCCGUGUGAAUGCUAAAGAGCAGGAGGAGAUGGGAGCUGCUCUGAAACCUCUUCCUGCAUUUAUCACCCUCGUAGGGCCUCUCCCCAGUGGGGGUCCUCUGGUGGACAAUCAGGUCAGACCUCCACCUGAAACACCUCUUAGACUGCCCACACUCGUAGGGCCAUUCCCCUGUGUGGGUUCUCCUGUGUUGGAUCGGCUGGGAUCUCCACCUGAAGCUCUUCCCACAUCUCGAGCACUUGUGUGGCUUCUCCCCAUCAUGAAGCUGCUCAUGGAGCAAGGGAAGGGGAAGGAGAUGCCCCCAGCGCAUCCCCGGCAGGACAGCGUUGGCAGCGGGUUGUCCUGCAGCCGGGGGCCGUGCUGGGCUGGGAGAUGGAGCAGGAGAGAGGGGAAAUGGGCAGUGACUUCCACCUCCCCUGCCUGGGGCUCCUAGGCCAUCUUCCUCUGCCUCACAGCCUCCUGCUCCUCCAUGGGGCCAAGGUUUGGGAAUGGGAAAUCUUGGUUUCAGAGGAAAAACAAGGGCUGAGAGUGUUGGGUUUGCUGAUCCCACUGCCCAAGGACAGCUGGACAAGUCAGCGCCCCUUUCAGCCUCAGGGCGCCCAGAGCCCGCUCAUCACCAACCUCACGCACCCCUCCAGGCUGCCGGGUGUCCCCCGGCUCCGGGAUUGCCCCUCUGCGCUCUCCCUGCUCCAGGGCACCCCCGCAUUCCCCUCUGGCUCUCCCCGGGAUGCCCAGACCUGAUAUCACUCCCUCCCUGCGGCAUUGGGUGAUCACCACGUGGAACCUGCCAAGAUCCCUCCAGGGCCAUUUCCGGGGUCUUGCAACAUCCCAACAGCCCCUGCCCCGCAAAAAAACUCUCCUGGAGCGUCCACCCCGAUGGAUUUGGGGCGAGCUCCCUCUCCUCGCUCCCCUGCGGGUUUUGGGGCAGGGGGGCAAUGCUGCCGCAGCCAGGGGAGCUGCGGCCUGCCUGGGCGGGAGGGGGAAGCGCGUCCUUCUGCGGCGCCUCCCCUUCCUCUACUCCUUUUCUUCCUUUCACCUUUCAUUCUCCUCUGCCCCUCCUCUCCCUCCCGCUGCUUCUCCUCCUUCUCUUCCCACUCCUCCUCUUCCUCCCGCUCCUCCUCAGCUCCUGGCCCGGCAGGUGCCAACACCCAAAAGCAGCCGCGCUCUGCCCUAGGGGGUUCCGAAGAGGUUGUGCCCCACGUGGCACUGGGAGUGACAAUGGGAGCACUGGGAAGGACAGUGAGAGCACCAGGAGCGAUCCUGAGAGUCCCGGGAAGGAAUUGGGAGCGCUUUCCCUCCCAGUACUGCUCUUACUGGGAGCACUGGGAGGGAACUGGGAGGAAACAGAACCUGGAUGGGGCUACAGCCGCCGGUGGGCGGGGCCAGACCCAAGGGCGUGGUUAUGCAAAUCCAGGAGCGAUCGCGCGCUGCCAUUGGUGGGUGGGAGCAGCGCGGGGUUACCUCGGUCACGUGAGGGCUGGGGGGGCUGGAACGAUGGCGGCGGCGUCCGGUGUGUUCUUGACAUGAAUCAGUGGCACCAGGGAUCAGCGGGGCUCUGCCCACCGAGGGUCACUGGGGAUCAUCCAGCACAGAUCCUGCCAUGGGGGAUGGAGCUGGAGCAGCGCACGAAGCUCUUCCUGCAGUUGGAGCACUCGCAGGGCUUCCCUUGGUGGUGCCUCUGUUGGUGUUGGCUCAAGUUAGAGCUCGUGGCACACCAUCCCUGUUCUCACCCUUCCAAGGAAAGCUGUGGAUACCAAGUGACUGAAGCCCCUCUCUUGGGGCCCUACAAACAGCGCUGCACAAGGAGCCCUUGGAGCUCUCCUGGGCCAGCACCUCCCUGUGAGCGGGGCCUCUCCGAGCCAGGAACUCUCCCGUUUGCUGCACUCGGGGCAUCCCCGAGCAACGACGGAGCCUGGGCUGAUCCCCCACUGCUCCAGGCUCAGCCCUUCAGCCGCUGGGGAGAUGCCAAAGCAUCGGGAGUGAGCAUUUCCCUGCCCUGCAGGGGAGUUCCUCACAUGCCCUGGCACUGACUCUGUGUGCACACAUGAGUGCCUGU